AUGAGUGGCGAAUUGCAGCCGUUCGAGUUGAUGUAUGCUCCUCGAGGUGCGGACAAAGAAACUGUUGAGCUCUGGCAUGUCUCGCAUGAUGAUUGGGAAAAGGGUCGCCACCAGCACAUCCACUUACACAGGAAGGUUGUGCUUGCUUCAGCCCCCAUCACCAUGAAGCAGGACAGCCACGGAGCUGCGCGCACGCGCGUGUGUGUGUGUGUAGGUGUGUGCCUCUGUCUGUCUUUGUCUUUGUCCGUGUCCUUGUUAGCAUGGGGCAUUCAGAAGGAAGUGAGAAAGGAUGGGGAUGGGGAGCCCCGGAACCUGCUGCUUGCAUGCGAGCAUGUGUGGAUUCAUUCUAAGGAGGAUUUCCCUAAUCCUGAACUGGCGCUUCCAGCACUAAUGCUUGUUGCCAGUUCUUUACCGAGCCGACCCUUGCAUGGCCGAGAAGUCAGAGAGUACGUUGCAGGCGAGAAAUAA